CAAACAUGGCAACUUCCAAACAAAUAUUCAAAGGAAGAAUUUUAAAAUAGAUAACAACAUGGAAGAUCAACCUCUAUCUAAUAGAUAACACACACACACAAAAACAUUGUGUUUGACCACAUCAACAAAUACGAGAAUGGAAGAUAAAGAAUAUUUGUAUAAGAAGAAUGGAAUGAAGGGUGACGAAGAUGAAAUUCAUCACGAAUAUCAUGGGCUAGCCGAGGCAGCAGCGUCUAUCCACACUCAGGCGAAAAUCCGAAAGAGAUUUAAAAAACACCAAAAGGAUAUCAUGAAGAGGAUGUCUCAGUUUGAAAGACGAUACUCAAAGCUUGCCAGAGAGAAGAAACUGAUUCACGAGAGAAAAAGAAUCGAUUUUGUUCUUGUAUACCCAAACAAAAAAUCUGAAGAUGUCAAACCUGGAAAGGAAAAAAGACACCUGUUGAUGCAUGAAGAGAACAGGAGGAGAUUUGAGGCACUGUUACAGAAGGAAGGAUUCUCCAUCCAGUAUGACACUAUUGGAGAACUGGUUUACCUUAAGCUCCACUGUCCUUUCAAACGACUGUGUGCUGAGGCAGAAAGAAUACAUCUUGAAAUGCCUAUCAAAGGUGCUAAAAUUGAAGAGGUUAAAGAGACAGGUAGAUUCGCAAAAUUCAUUGAAAAACACUUUGAAACGGAUGAUGAAGCGGAUUUUGUCAGUGCUCAAUUUUUUAUGGAUCGGAUUUCUAUGUUCGAGGAUUACGAAAAUCCAACCCAAUUUUUCCGCCCGGCACAAAGGUCAUUUCUUACACACCACAUUUUAUGCAACCUGGACAUCAGGACUCGGGAGGAGAUAACUGAGGGCUACAUCGAAGAUGAUGACCACGAGGAACCGGCGUGGUGGCAGAAAGGUCUUGGCAGGAUCAUUGGUACCCACGUUGCCGAGGAAACGCCCAAAGAGAGGAAAGCAAGUACAAAAGUCCUCAAAAAGAAAGGUCUUCCAUUUCUGCUAAUGAAGAAAAACUACACGGAUGCUUUUAUUUUACAUGAGGAUUCUGUGUUAAGCUGGAAAAAGGAGGAACACAUUUAUGGAGAUGAUUACUUCACUGCUGAAAGUGACGUGGAGAAGAAGGAGAUGCCUGUGGCCCUCACCAGCGACCCACGUCGGGAAUUAGACGAAACGUGGACAAGGUUUUUUAAGUUUCAGCCUCUGUGGAAAGUGCGAAAGUACUUCGGUGAAAAGAUAGCUUUCUAUUUUGCCUGGUCUGGCGAACUGAUUACAUCUCUGUGGAUACCGACACUGUUUGGACUCAUCAUCUUCAUUUAUGGACUUGUACAAAGUGUUGAAGAGUCGACAAGUACCACAGUUGCAGAUAAUGCUACAUUUACGGAAGAAGUGACGACGGCAGUGAAAGACUUACUGAGUGUUAUUAAGCUAUCCUUUGAUAACGAUGUCACACCAUUCUUUGCUCUUGUCAUAUGUUUGUGGGGCACUGUUUUCUUGGAAGUGUGGAAACGGAAGAAAGCCACACUUGCCUACGAGUGGGAUGUGGACGAAUACGAAGCCAAAGAACCAGACAGACCUCAGUAUUUUGGAACCAAAGUCACAAAAGACCCCGUCACCAGUGAAGAUCUGUGGUACUACCCAGUCCAGAGACACCUCCUCAAGUUUGCUGCUUCUGCAUCGGUUCUCAUUUUCAUGAUCUGUCUGGUGUUAGCCAGUGUUUUUGGUGUGAUUGUGUACCGUGUUAUCAUGGAUGUCGACAUGUGUCCGAACCUCGGUGCUGCUGAAUGUCUCCUUCUCACAACGGUUUUGUCCUCUGUGCUUAAUGCAGUCUCCAUUUUAUUACUCGGAAAGCUUUAUGACAAGUUGGCUAUAAAGUUGACUGAUUGGGAAAACCAUCGGACUGAAACCCGCUACAAUGAUGCUCUCAUCAUCAAACUGUUUGGUUUUCAGUUUGUCAACAGUUAUACAUCAUGUCUUUAUAUUGCAUUUUUCAGAGGGCGGUUUGAUGUGCUUGGUCGAGGCUCCAGCUACAGAGACAGCUGCUCGGGGACAUGCAUGUCGCAACUCUCCUUCCAAGUUCUCGUGUUGAUGAUCCUCAAGCCAUUCCCCAAGUUCUUCAAAGAUAUUAUUUUGCCAUUUGUUAAAAAGCGCUGGCGACGACGUCCCAACUGCUUACGUUGUCGUAAGAACCAGGUGGACGAGACGUCGCAGGAUAAGAUGAACGGUUCAAAUCCUCGUCACCAGACAUUCAUGGAGAACGAGAGGCUGAAACCCGACCUGGGCGACUUCACUCUUUCUGAGUACACGGAGAAAGUCAUCAUGUAUGGAUUCCUUAUGCUGUUUGCUGCCUCAUUCCCAUUGGCACCAUUGUUAGCCCUGAUCACCGUGUGGAUCGACAUCCGAGUGGAUGCCAAACGAAUCCUGUGGUGGUACAGGAGACCAGUGGCCUUCAUUGCUCAAGAUAUUGGAAUGUGGUAUGACAUUUUGACGUUUGUUAACUUUGCUGGAGUUUUGUCAAAUGCCUUCCUCAUUGCCUUCACGUCUUCUUGGGGCCAAGGUUUCUCACUACAGGAAAAACUUUGGAUUGUCAUUGGCUUUGAGCAUAUUGUGUUUGUACUUAAGUUCAUCCUGGCCUACAUGAUUCCAGAUGUACCAGCCGAAGUACGACUGGCAAUUCGACGAGAAAAGUUUCAAGUGGCAGCCUUGCUGGAGGAAAACAAACCUACUAAAGUUAAAUCAAUGGACUACAAACACUUGUUUCCACCUGAAGCAUUUCAUGCAUCCGAUGUAAUUGAAGAGAAUGAUGAUGAUGCUGGAGGUGGUAGUGGUGGUGGUCAGGGCGAUGUCCAGCAACAACGGGAGGCUAGUCCAGACAGAGCUAGGUCUGAUUCUAGAACUGAUUGUCACAGAAUUCCGUGUGCUUCUAUUUUGACCUGUACUUACAAUCCUUCAAUUUUGACCUAUACUUACAAUCAUUCUUCUGUUGCUGGACUUAAAUCAUUCUUCUAUCACUGCACGUACAAUUGUUCAUCUGUCGCUGCACUUAUAAUUGUUCUUCUGUCGUUGCACUUAUAAUUGUUCUUCUGUCGCUGCUCCUUCUGUCGCUGCACUUAUAAUUGUUCAUCUGUCGCUGCACUUAUAAUUGUUCAUCUGUCGCUGCACUUAUAAUUGUUCAUCUGUCGCUGCACUUAUAAUUGUUCUUCUGUCGUUGCACUUACAAUUGUUCUUCUGUCGCUGCUCCUUCUGUCGCUGCACUUAUAAUUGUUCUUCUGUCGCUGCCCAGACAAUUAUACACUCUUUAAAUCAACUGAUUUUCAGUUCAUGGAGCAAACUUCCUGUUGCCCAGACAAUUAUACACUCUUUAAAUCAACUGAUUUUUAGUACAUGGAGCAAACUUCCUGUUGCCCAGACAAGUAUACACUCUUUAAAUCAACUGAUUUUCAAUUCAUGGAGCAAACUUUCUGUUGCCUAGACAAUUAUACACUCUUUAAAUCAACUGAUUUUCAGUACAUGGAGCAAACUUCCUGUUGCCCAGACAAGUAUACACUCUUUAAAUCAACUGAUUUGUAGUACAUGGAGCAAACUUUCUGUUGCCAAUACAAUUAUAAUCAACAGACUUUUAGUACCUGAAGCAAAUUUUCUUUUACCCAGAUAAUUAUUAUAUGAUUCCCAUUUUCAAGUUCAUCUGAAAUGUAUAUAUGUAAUUGUGAUGCAGUAUUUUUGCUUUAAUUUUUUUUAUUGGAUAAAACAGUAUGUUUGUAUCGUAACAUAGUGCAAAUAUAAUGUACUUUUUGUUCGUUUUGUUUUGUGGGUGUGUAAAAGGUAUGGUCGAUCAUAAUGAGUUUUGUUACUAUUUUAAUAUAUAUACAUUUUUCAUUUUUUAAAUAAUUUAUUUGAUGAAUAAUGUGCUUUUGUUUAUUUGUAUAAUGGCUGUGAAAUAGACAAGAUGUAAAGUGCAUUCAUGUAUUUAUUGAUAAAACAGGGUUAUAUAUAUAUAUAUAUCUAUCUAUAUAUAUAUAUAUAUAUAUAUAUAUAUAUAUAUAUAUAUAUAUAUAUAUAUAUAUAUAUAUAAUCUGUUGACUUUCAGGGAUGUGAGAGCUAUGCGGAAAUGCAGAAAUGCGCUUUUCCAUUUUGUCUAAAAAACACCCACCUAAACAUGAUGUUCAAUGCUGUUGACUACACAAGGUUCAUUUGCAUGUUUUCACGGUUUUAAGUUUAUGAUGUGUGCCUUAUAUUAUAAGUUAUAACCAGUUUAGAUUUGUUAGCGUUGAAUGCAAUUUUUGGCAGUUCCAGGGGUUGCAACAACAAUUUUCCUUCAGGGGCCCUUUUAGUGGCCCCUGCACACCGGCCACAGUAAGCUAAUUUGUUCCAGCCGUUCUCACAUCCCUGGACUUUAGCCAACCCUUUUAGGGGGGUUUCAUUUUUUUAAUUAUAUAUAUAUAUAUAUAUAUAUAUUUUAUUUACUAAUAUCAAUGCAGUCAUAGUUAAUGCUGAGAUUGUGAUUGAGUAAUGGUUUAUGUGUUACUUAAUGCAUUGUGUUUUUGAUAAUUUAUAGUGACUCUGAAAUAUCAAAACUUGAUACUGAUAGGAGGUUGUCAACAUCUUACGUGUCUGACCGGUAACGUUUAAGAAACUCCUUAUUAUUUUGAUACACAUGUACUAACAUCAAAUAUGCCAUUAGACUGCAUUUACAGAAUCAUAUAUCAAUGAAAACCAUUUAUUAGUGCUAAUAUAAUAAUAAUAAUACUCGCUAGACAUUGCUGCUUUAAAUAAUAAUUAUAAUGGUUAAUCAUUAUGGUUGUCUAAAUACUCUUAGCAUGCAGGUAUGUAAUAUAUUAUACAUGUACAUGCAUUGUACAAUAUUCUCUUAUUUCCAACUAUAUGACUGCUUAUGCUGCUUGUUAAAUACUUUAUGCCAUUUUAUAAUACUUGCACUUGUAGUUAAAUCACAAAAUGCUAUGUGACAGGCUUUCAUUGUUGAGGAGUGUGAUCACUCCCAUGUGCCAUCACACCUGUAAGAUGAACUUGUUGAGCUAUGUAAAAUCGAUCCACUGGAGAACUCUAAACAUUAUUAUAUCAUUAUAUUCACAAUUUAAAACUCACUCCUCUGUAACUCUCCUGACUAAAUCUAGGGCAUGAUAUAUCACUCUUCUAGAUGUUUGAAACAUGAUAUACAAUAUAUAUGUAAACUGCAUUUUAAAUAUAUUUAGCACUAUCUCAACAUGGUUAAAUUGUCUGAUUUACCUUGUAUGCACUGUUGUUCUAGAUUUUUGUUAAAUAUUUUGAAGUUAUAUUAUUAUGUUACAAAUGUAGCUGCACAUGCAUGGAUGGAAAUGAGCUUUAUUAUUUAUCAUUUAUUAUAUUACUGAAAUGUAACAAUUCAGUGUAGUUACAUAUAGUUUUGGUCUUUCGUAUUUUACUUAUUAUUUUCUUGUUUAUUUAUUCAUUCAUUUUUAAUUUUUGCUGAAGCAUAAUACAUGUGACAGUGGGUGAAUGUGCUUUUUCUUUAUUUAAAUAUCGUACAUUUUGCAGAUAUUAAGACUUGAUUUUAUACCCUUAUUUGUGAAUGUUAAACUGAAUACAAUGUCUUUCAAUAAUGUUUGCAAUAAGUAAUAUUUUCACAUAGUGUUUACUUGUAUAUGAAUAUAUGCCAGUUAUAUAUGAAUAUGUGCCAGUAAACAUGGACAAAUUAGGAAAAGUACAUUAAAUGGUAUUAUAAUAGUUUAUAAUUGUGUUUUCUUUUCUUAAUAAAUCUUACUUUCUAUGAUAAUUGAUACCGCUGUAUUUUUGUUGCCAUUGUGAGGUGAAGAAAUAGACAUUUACAGUUAUCUGCUGAAUUGCUUUAUACACAAAUAUUUACCUGUCAGUAUUCUAACUGAUUUAUUUGAGGGUGGAUUGUUUUAAUGCAACAAUCAUUAAUAUUUGUAAAAUAGCACUUUUUUAGUGCUUUUGUUGUUUGCCAAGCAUAGAGCAGUUGGGUGACUGGUUGUGUUAUAUACAUGUGUUAUAUACAUGUGUUAUGUACAUGUGUUACGAGUUCCCUUCAGUCUUGAAUGAAUGCUACAUGUACAUAUAGUGUUAUAUAAAUUAGUUCCAAUAUGCAGCAAGUGUACAUACAUGCAUUUGUUUAUAAAUGAUUCCAAAUGAGAUUUUAGAAUCAGUAUACCAGAAGCAAAAUGUAAAAAAUAAUGCAGUAUCUAUAUUAAUAUUGUAAGACACUGAAUUGGUUAAUACAGCUAGCGUAUGUGAAAAUCUUGUCUCUUUGCAUGCUCAUAACUAAUGCUAUUUCAUACUGAUCCGUAAAGGUGGGUGGAUAUCACAUUUGUAGUUUUGCUGCAUUAUGCAUUCAUUGAUUUUCCGUUUACCUUUACCAUAGUUUGACACCCAAUUGCCGAUGUAUUUAUCGUGCUGGGGUGUUGUUAAACAUUCAUUCAUUCAUAGAUUUUCACACUUAACAGGUUGUAAAAGUUUCCAUAUAAACAUGCAUGUUGUAUGCUUCUGAAUGUUUGUAUUUUAAUUAGUUUUGUAACUAAUUUUUUACAGAAAGAGGGGAUUAACUUAUAGCUGUAACUAAAAAAAAUUCUUAUUUUUUGUUGUAAACAUUUAUUUUUAAAAAUUUAAACAAUAUUUAAUGACAUAAAAAUACUUGAGUAUUUGUUUUGAAUACCCCCCAGAAAAUUAAGGAAAAACAAAACUGAUAUCUACUGGUCCUGAUAAAGCCAAAAGUAAUAAGUGAAUAUAUGUUUUCUGUCUUAACAUAUCAUCAGGCUGAGACUUUUCAUUCAGCUUUGGUACAGUUCAUAUAUAAUCAAUAGAAUGAAAGUUGGAAAUGGUGGUCGUUGUGUUGUAUGUCUCGUGUAAU